CUCAGAGCCAAAGAAACUUUACCAAAGGAUUAAACCUUAUGUAAACAAAGAUCCCUUUAUUUACAUCUCAGCUUCUCUGAAGAAUCAGAAGCCCCAGCUUACACACUUGCAGUGCUUUAUUGGUGCUGAUUACCCAACAUGUAAUUUCUUUCUGUAAAAAAAACAAAAGUUUGAUGAUCUUGCAGAACAGAAGCAGCAGUGAGUGGAGAUGGUGCAUGGAAAGGCAGAGCUAAGACAUAUCAAGAUUUAAAACAUAAAUAUCUUGGAAUAAUCAGAAGAACAACAUGGGAGAAUCUGAGAAAAGAAUUGAAACUCAUAGAAUAAGAUGUCUUUCCAAGGUGAAGAUGUUUCUGUUGGCAUUAACAUGUGCAUAUGUAUCCAAAACAUUAUCUGGAUCUUACAUGAAUUCCAUGCUCACACAAAUAGAGAGACAAUUCAAUAUCCCAACAUCCCUAGUUGGAUUUAUUAAUGGGAGCUUUGAGAUUGGAAAUCUUUUGUUGAUUAUAUUUGUGAGUUAUUUUGGAACUAAACUGCAUAGACCUAUAAUGAUCGGUAUCGGAUGUGCAGUUAUGGGAUUAGGUUGUUUCUUAAUAUCGCUACCUCAUUUUCUCAUGGACAGAUAUGAAUAUGAAUCGACAGUUUCCGUUUCGAGUAAUUUGUCCUCAAACAGCUUCUUAUGUACGGAAAACAGAACUGAAACUUCUAGACCAACACAAGAUCCAUCAGAGUGCGUGAAAGAAGUUAAAUCCUUCAUGUGGGUGUAUGUGCUGGUGGGAAAUAUUAUACGUGGGAUGGGUGAAACACCCAUCAUGCCUUUGGGAAUUUCCUAUAUAGAAGAUUUUUCCAAAUCUGAAAACUCUCCACUCUAUAUUGGGUUUAUAGAAACGGGAACUAUCAUUGGCCCUUUGAUUGGACUUUUGCUAGCAUCAUUCUGUGCAAACAUUUACGUAGACACUGGAUCUGUAAACACAGAUGAUCUGACCAUAACUCCCACUGAUACUCGUUGGGUUGGUGCAUGGUGGUUUGGCUUUUUGAUCUGUGCAGGAGUGAAUGUCCUCACUGCCAUUCCUUUUUUCUUUCUGCCCAAAACACUUCCAAAGGAAGGACUAGAGGAUAAUCCUGACAUCAUUAAAAAUGACAAGGAGGAAAAACAUAGAGAAGAAUUCAAGAAGGAAAAGCAGAGCAUCACUAAAGAUUUUUUACCAUUCAUGAAGAGUCUCUCAUGCAAUCCAAUUUACAUGCUUUUCAUACUUAUCAGUGUGCUGCAGUUCAAUGCAUUUGUUAAUAUGUUCUCCUUCAUGCCUAAAUAUCUGGAACAACAGUAUGGAAAAUCAACUUCAGAAGCAAUCUUUCUCAUUGGUAUUUAUAACUUACCUCCAAUAUGCAUUGGAUAUAUAGUUGGUGGUUUAAUUAUGAAGAAAUUCAAGAUUACUGUGAAGCAAGCUGCACACGUAGCAUGUUGGUUCUCCAUACUUGAGUACCUUCUCUAUUUUUUAUCUUUUCUGAUGACCUGUGAUAAUUCUCCAGUUGCUGGCAUAACUACUUCUUAUGAAGGAAUUCAACAAGAUCUAUAUAUAGGAAAUGAGGUCCUUGCUGACUGCAAUAAACUUUGCAACUGUCCAACUAAGAUAUGGGACCCGGUGUGUGGAGACAAUGGCUUGUCAUAUAUGUCAGCUUGCCUUGCUGGUUGUGAAACAUCUGUCGGAACUGGACUCGGCAUGGUGUUCAAAAACUGUAGCUGCAUUCAGACAUCAGGAAAUGCAUCAGCAGUGCUCGGGCUGUGCUACAAAGGCUAUGACUGUUCCAUGAUGCUCCAGUACUUCUUAAUCUUGUCAACCAUUAGCAGUUUCAUUUAUUCUUUAGCUGCCAUUCCUGGGUACAUGGUUCUUCUGAGGUGCAUCAAGUCUGAAGAGAAGUCUCUUGGUGUGGGAUUGCAUACAUUUUGCACAAGAAUAUUUGCUGGCAUUCCAGCACCUAUAUAUUUUGGAGCUUUAGUGGAUGCUACCUGUUUACACUGGGGAACUUUGAAAUGUGGUAAGCCAGGGGCGUGCAGAAUAUACAAUACAGACAACUUCAGGCACAUCUACCUUGGACUGCCUGCAGGACUAAGAGGAUUAAGCUUUCUUCCAGCCUUCUUGACCCUAAUUCUUUUGAGGAAACGGCAUCUACCUGGUGAAAAUGACUCUGCUGGAACUGAGCUUGCAGACACAAAAGUUACAGAAAAGGAAACUGAGUGCAAAGAUGGACACCAAAAUUCCAAGGCCUUGAAUGAUGAAGAAUUGAAAACAAAACUAUAAUGCCCUGUUCUAGCAGCUUUCCCAGAGCUGGAGAAAGCACUGUACAAUUUAAUUACUUUAAAAUCAUUAGAGGCACUGCAGAUAAUUUUUCUUGCCUUUAGGAACCUCAAAAAUAUUUUUAUUAAGAUAAAAAUAUUCACUGAUAAUAUUUCUGAGAUGUCACAGUGUCACUUGAUAUUCCUAGGAGAGCCAUAACAAGUCCUUACAUAGGACUUCACAGUUGACUUUAUUUUUAUUUUAAAAAUAGCAAUAUCUCUUUUUACUCAUAAAAGAAAGCCUAUGCUUUCCACAUCAUUUUUUCUGAAAAAUCCACUUAAUCUUAUUGAAUUUUGACACUAGAAUUAUGCAAACUGAAAGGUCAUUCUGUUUAUGAACACUGAAAUAUUCAAUUUAAAUGUAUUACUUUCAUUUGAACAAGGCCUACAUUUUCUUAGUCUACUUAGGAGUUAUUCCUGCAUUCUUAUUUAUUCUAGACAUGACUCUGAAAAUAGAUUAUUCAUUAAUAUUUUAUCUUUUGUUUUAAAUUCUUCCCUUUAUUACUUAUUUAAUAUAUUUCCUGAUUUUCUUCAGAGUACUGACAAAUGUAACCAGGUUAUUAAAAUACUGUAUCAAAGAUGGUUGGAUUUUUUUUUUUUUAGCAAUUUGAUAUUUUUUGUUUUGUUUUGUUUUGUUUUGUUUUGUUUUGGUUGGUACUGGGAAUCAAACUCACGACCUUGCACUAGCCAGGCAGGCACUAUGCCUCUGAGCCAUAUCCCCAAUCCUCUCGUUCUUUUCUUAAGGACAAAUACCUGAAUCAAAGGAUUAAAGGACACUAUGAUGAUGUCUUUAAAGACCAUUCAUAGUGUUAGAUAUCAUUAAAGGAGUCCUUUUCCACAAUCAGACAGCUCUUUAGACCAGUGUACAUGCUAUCCAUUGUGUCUCAAAACACAAACACCAACUUCCAAAAAUCAUCCUGGAGAAUAAAAUUUUUAGAAGUAUUUUCUGUUAUGAAACUGAGGCUAAUAAAACUCGAUAUACAUGUCAAAAACUAAA